AUGGCGUACAACAUUCGAGCGAUGAGGACACUUUCCCGGGAAAACAGCCAACGGAUAUUUGAAACCUUGUUCAACAUUCACCGAAUUUCUGAAACCUCAACCCCAGGGUCCCACCUUGGUUUCCUCGGAAUCAUCGUAACAACUAGGUUCUUGCAUUCACGCUCAGAGCCACCGGCUAUUUUCGUGCAGAACCUGCUAAAGUUCCGAAGGGACAAGCCCACCGAGCAAGUGGAGCGAGCUCUUGACCUCUGCGGGUUCGAGCUGAACGAUGAUCUUGUUCUCGACGUGCUACGAAGACACCGUUCUGAUUGGAGACCCGCAUUCGUGUUCUUCAACUGGGCCUCUAAAUCAAAUGGUUAUGCACCCAAUUCUCACGUUUGCAACGAGAUUCUCGAUAUUCUGGGGAAGAUGAAGCGCUUUGAGGAGUUACACCAAGUGCUCGACGAAAUGUCAGAGAGAAAGGCACUCAUUGACGAAGUGAUAUUCGGGACUUUGCUUCGUAGGUAUGUGGCUGCACAUAAAGUGGAGGAAGCAAUUGACAUGUUCUACAAGAGGAAAGAGUUUGAGUUGGAGCUUGAUGCUGAAGCUUUUCGCACCCUCUUGAUGUGGCUGUGUAGAUACAAGCAUGUGGAAGAUGCAGAAGCUUUGUUUCAGAGUAAGGUGAGUGAGUUUCGUCCUGAUAUAAAGACAUGGAAUGUGAUUCUCAAUGGUUGGUGUGUUUUGGGGAACGUGCAUGAGGCAAAGAGGUUGUGGAAAGACAUAGUGGCAUCUGAAUGCAAGCCAGAUCUUUUUACCUAUGCAACUUUCAUCAAGGCAUUGACCAAGAAAGGGAAAUUAGGCACUGCAUUAAGGUUGUUCCGUGGCAUGUGGGAUAAGGGUUGUAAACCUGAUGUUGUGAUAUGCAAUUGCAUCAUUGAUGCUCUUUGUUUCAAGAAGAGGAUUCCUGAGGCGUUGGAGGUUUUCGGGGACAUGAAUGAGCGAGGUUGUCAACCCAAUGUGGCUACUUACAAUUCAUUGAUUAAGCACCUGUGCAAGAUACGGCGAAUGGAGAAGGUCUAUGAACUAGUAGAUGAUAUGGAAUGGAGGAAUGGGAAUUGUUUGCCUAAUGCUAUUACUUUCAAUUACUUGCUCAGGUCCUUGAAGGAGCCAGAGGAAGUUCCCAGUGUUUUGGAGAGGAUGGAGAGAAAUGGGUGCAGCAUGAAUGGUGAUGUUUACAACUUGGUCUUAAGGUUGUACAUGGAUUGGGAUAACCAAGAUGGAUUAAGAAAAACAUGGGAAGAAAUGGAGAGGAAAGGAUGGGGACCAGACCAGAGGGCAUAUACGAUCAUGAUUCAUGGGCACUAUGAAAAAGGGAGAACAAAGGAUGCUAUGCGUUAUUUCAGGGAGUUGACAUCCAAGGGAAUGGUGCCAGAGCCCAGGACUGAGAAACUAGUGAAUUCCAUGAACAUUCAGUUAAAGGAGAGAUCAAUAAAACAAGAAGGAAUCCAAGGGGAGACAACUAAUGUUUGAGACCUUGGAAUAGAGUUAGACAAUGUUUCUUUCAAC